AGAAAAGAGAAUCUCUCAGAUACCAAAAAGUUCGAUGGCGACGUCGAAGCUUCAAGCUCUCUGGAAUCACCCUGCGGGACCUAAGACUAUUCAUUUCUGGGCUCCAACUUUCAAAUGGGGAAUAAGCAUUGCUAACAUUGCAGAUUUCCAGAAACCUCCAGAGAAUAUUUCAUACCUUCAACAAAUUGCUGUGACAUGUACUGGAAUGAUCUGGUGUCGUUGCAGCACUGUAAUCAUCCCUAAAAACUGGAACUUAUUUAGUGUUAAUGUUGCUAUGGCAGCGACAGGGAUAUACCAACUUACUCGUAAAAUAAAGCAUGAUUAUGUAUCUGAAGCAGAGACUACUGUGGGAGAUGAAUGAUGAUGAUGAAGAAGAUGAAAGCUUUUUGAUGAAAAGGGUUCUCCAUAAGCCUUGUAACUAGACAUCUCUUUUUUAUCAUCAAUGCCAAUGUUUGAUUAUUCUUUUUUGGAAUUCUCUCAUCUCAUGUUCUUGGUUAGAUAGUGAAUGGUAACAGAGAUCAAUGCUAACAUUCACAUGCUUAAUAAAUAAUGAAUA